ACCUUUCCCCCCCAUUAAUUCCUUCCUUUCUUUCCUUGAUCACUUUCUUCCCGUGCCUCUUCCCCUAGCUUUUUCCUUCCAUCAUCAUUCACACCAACAUCUCUCUCUCUCUCUCUCUCUCUCUCCAUGGCCUAAACCAGAGCUCAGGCUCAAGCUCAUGCUCUAGACCGAUGGCUGCAAGCGUCGUAACAUUCUUCAACAAGUUCCUUUCCAUCUUCAUCCUCCUCCUCCACCUUGGUUGCUUCAUUUUCAGCACCAACUCCGACCACAGACAUUCGAAGAAGCGGAAAGCUUCUCACCUCCUUCUUCCCUCUGCUUCCAAACCCAGCAAAGCUCUAUCCACCUCUUGGUCCUUCUGCAAACGUAUCUUCUCCUCCAUAUCCUGCAAAAACAGUUCCAAGCAAACCCAUCCGACUACUCCCACCACCCUAUCCUCCGCCAGAUCAUCACAGCAUUCCGUUGCCCCCAUCAUCGCCCCAGAAACCCACUUAUCGCAUUCUCCUCGUAAAAGUCCACCCCCAGAAUCCGACAUCUCGGCAGAUAACCCAUUCUUUCCUCUGCGAAACGAUAUCUUCCCCUGCACAGCCUGCGGCGAAAUCUUCCCGAAACCCCAGCUCCUCGAACAACACCUGGCAAUCAAACACGCUGUGUCGGAGCUCGCAGAUGGAGAUUCGGGGAAGAACAUUGUCCGGAUCAUAUUCAAAACGGGAUGGACCGACAACGUAAAGAGCCCGAAAAUCCAUCGGGUUUUGAAGAUCCAUAACAGCCCGAAGAUACUUUCGAGGUUCGAAGAGUACAGAGAGUCGGUGAAGGCUAAAGCUGCGCGAAACGGUGGCGUUAGGAGAAGAGACGAGAGGUGCAUAGCCGACGGGAAUGAGAUGUUGAGGUUCCACUGCUCGACGUUCCUAUGUGAUCUAGGACUCGAUGGGAAUUCCAACAUUUGUAACCAGCAGUACUGUAGCGUGUGUGGGAUUAUCAAGUCCGGAUUCUCACCCAAGUUGGACGGGAUUUCCACGCUAUCCACGAGCUGGAGAGCACACGAGGCAAUUCCGGAAGAGAUCGAGGAGGAGUUCAAGUUCAUGAAUGUGAAACGGGCAAUGCUGGUUUGCCGGCUAGUGGCCGGUAGGAUCGGAUGCGAGUCGGAUGAUGACGUGGACAAGGAGGACGGCGGGUUUGACUCGGUCGCCGGGAGGAGUGGAAGUGGGGCACAUACGAGAGUGGACGAGGAGGAGUUGUUGGUGUUUAAUCCGAGGGCUGUGCUUCCUUGCUUUGUGAUUGUGUAUACUGUGUGAGUACCGCGAAUCAUAGAUCCUACGUACGGUUCUUAUUUUCUUAAUCAUGGAUUGUAAUUCUAGAUAUGCGGUGGUGGUUGUCUACUGCUUCUUACAAGUUUUGAUUAGUCUGUGACCCAGAAAUGGUCACAGGCUCAAACCCACCGUAAUGAGUACGUACCAGAAGUGUCAGGUGUCAGUCCCACGUGAUAAACUUCGCGCCCUUAGUCAUUAGGAUAAGUACUUUGUAUUACGAGGUUGUGAGAGAUAUUUAUCACCAUGCGAAAUGGGCAACCUAAGCAGCUCCAAAGAAGUGGUUUAGGGUCAAUUCUAGGAUCAUGGUCCCUUUUAAUGUGUAUGUAUGUCUUAACUUGAUGGAUGGAAUCGAGCUUUUAACCAAGAAA